AUGUUUGCUCCCAUGCCACGCAGAAACGUGGAUGGGCCAGUCCCCCACGCCAAGUGGCCGACAGUCGACGCCUUCCGCCCAACAUCGACAUCGUCACCGUGGGAUGUGGAUGAUUCUACGGCCCAGACCGUUAGCAAGCUUAACUGUGUCUUCGGUUUCCGGCCACCAAACGCUUACGCCAAGCAACCACCUCGAACAUCCCCCGAUGAAGUAUCCAGGUAUUCUCCUGACCUCCAACAUCUACGUAUAGACCAGACCCCCGAGCUACGACAAGACACCCCUUCGGAUGUGCGGACACGGACGUCUUCCUUUGGACCAGAGACGCCUCCUACCAAGUUCGACUCAUACUUUGCGUCUGAACCGGCCGUGAAGCCCCCAACACCAAGUCGGCCUGUCCAUGCCCAUCUACGCUCUCACUCGGAUAGCUGCAGCGUCACAAAUCUCUGGUCAGAUAGCCAAGGCGCAUAUCGACUCGGGGGUGAAGCAACGUCACAUCAUGGGAUCGAUACCAAGCAACAGGGUUAUCUUGACGCAGCGACAUCUCGCUCGGGAGAUAACUCUCAGCCUCAACGUCGGCCGCGUGAGGCAUCAUCGCCUCACCAAAACUACACAGUCACCCUCACCCGCAACAACCGCGCCGUUACCCUCAUCCUACAGCAAGGCCGCCCAACAAAGCAAGGACAAGCAACCAUAACCUGCUAUCGCCAAACUUCCCUGGCUCUGGGUGGACCCUACGCCGAAUUCUUCAAGGCGUCCGAGGCCCUAGUCCUUCUGCAGCACAUGGUGAACGCAUCAUCAAUGUCCUUUGUACCCUUUAGCAAGCGGGAACGCUCCGAGUUGAUGCUCCGCAUGCGAACAUCGCCAGACGCCAUGAUUCUCGGCGAACCUUGUUCCAACGCCCGCGCGUGGACGAGCUUCUUCUCCACGGAACUAGGUGCUGGGACGGCCUGGGAGGUGGGCACCGUCAUUUUCCCCUGGAAGGUGCUCGAGAGGCUGAUGAGCUCUCUCAAUUCCGAAUUCGCGCGCAAGAGGAGAGUGCAGUCCCGCGCCGCCGCGGCAUUUAACAGACGCGAGGCGGAAGAGCAUGCGGGACCUAGAGGAGGACGUGGAGGCGCGGCCUUUCAGCACAGCUACAGCCACUCCUACGACUCGCGCCCCGUAUCUCUGCACCUCGCCGGUGCAGAGCAUGGCAACCUCGAAGCAGCAGCAGCAGCUGGGGACCGCAGCUCUGUGGCAUCUGGGUCACCGCCCCCUCGGACACCAACAGAGAUCCUCCCACCCAAGCUGCAACUCUUAUCGGAGCAGCGCAACCCUCAGCUUCACCAGUCUCCUCCUCCUCCGCCUCCUCUGGCGGCCCUCACAGUCGCGCAAAUCCGAACGCGCAGACGCCAGCACUCAGAGCCUGCCAUCCGACGCCUAAGCCUAACGCCGCCGCGCAUCUCGCUACUCAAAUCCAACAAUCUACGUCGGUUGCACGCUUCUUCAACGCCGACGCGGCUCGAGUUUUACGACUCGAUCCGGGCGUGGCCUGCUAGUUCGCACCGGGCACGUGUGAGGCUACCACCGUGCUCGCGAUUUCUAGAGAUGGUUGAGGACCAGGGGGCUGAUUCUCAUAAUCCGAUUGUGGUUUGA